AUGAGCUAUUUAGCAGGUGUAUCAUCAGGAACUGUAGCAGCUGGAGGUAAUGGUCUAGGAACAAGUAACACACAGGUUAAGUAUCCAGUGGGUGUCUACUUUGAUGCAUCGUCAAACAGUCUCAUUAUUGCGAAUACUGGUGCUAAUAAUAUCGUUCGUUGGGUAUUGGGUGCUAGUAGUUGGACACUUAUCGCCGGCAGUAUAAGUGGAGCUCGUGGUAACAAUGCUACAUUUCUCAAUUAUCCAGUAGGCGUGACAAUGGAUCCCAUGGACAACAUAUAUGUAGCCGAUAGAAACAAUCAUCGGAUCCAAUUUUUCUUGACUGGUCAGUCCAUUGGAACAACGAUUGCUGGUGUCACAAAUACAAGUGGAAAUAGCUCUACCUUACUUUAUAAUCCUUAUUCGAUGGUACUUGAUACUCAACUCAAUUUGCACUCGAAACAAGAGAGUUGGAAGGGGUGCAUAAGGGCUACUGUCCAACUGUACACAGAAUAUGCAUGA